AAAUGUACAAGCAAUGAAUUAUCUCGUUUUAAUUUAUUUGUGUUCUUUAACUGCAAUCAGAUGAGGGAAUUUCGUGGGAUGAGUACAGCAAGACAUCGCGGUUGCCUAUUACUGGUUGCCGCGGUGGUUUUGGCCUUCUCUUCUUACAUUGAACAGGUGGUGAGCAUGCCCGCUUUGCCAGCUCCAAAUCAAUGGCCCACAUUUCCCAGAAGAAAUAUAGCCGCUCUAGCUAGAGCGGGUUAUUUGAGAGGAAGCUCCGCUGCUACUUUUAAAAGAAGCAUUUCGACUUUAGCGAAAAAUGGAAUGCUUCCUACUUUUAGAGCACCGUACGAUGAAGCCGACAAACAAGAUGAUGACGAUGGAGAGUCUCAUGAGAAACGAAACCUGGCUUCAAUAGCCCGACUGCGGAGCUACUCAGCCAUGAAACGGAAUAUCCAGGCGCUGGCCAGAGAUGGUGGUUAUCGCGGAAGCGGGAGAGCUCAGUACAGCCAGCAAGCCGAUAAGCGUAAUGUAGCCGCCUUGGCUCGCAAUGGGAUGGUACACCUGCACAAAAAGGACAUGUCUGGUGGCGAUGAAUAUUACUUCCCCUUUUAUCAGAACCCUGUAGAGCCACCCUCUGACAUCGACUCCAACGAAAUAUACGACUGGCAACAAAUCGUAAAUCCGGACAUGUUCCCUCCCCUGUCACAGGUUUACAAGCGGGGUGGUCCCAUGCCUCAAAGUGAAUAUGAAAAUGCCGAUGAGAAUGGCUACGUUGAGUAUGGAAAUCCUUCUGAACUGGAUGACAAUUGGUAUUUUAAACGAGGGUCCGUUGGCUUGCCGGUGUUGGGAAUGUAUAGGCCCACCAUUGGAGACCAAAGUACCAGGACUAAAAGAUACAUUCUUUCUCUCCCCGAUGUCAUUGAUAAGAAUGAUAUUCAUGACUCCGAGGACACUGAAAAUGAAGACAAACGAUCCGUAGAUGAUGAUGACGAUGUGCGUGAUAAUUUUGCAAAGCGACACAUUGGGUCACUGGCCCGGUUAGGCUUACUACCGUCAUUUAGGUUUUCAGGCGGACGCUAUAGUCGGUCUGGCCGCGCAAGGCUGCUAUGGCCUAGUCAGGAAUUGUACAGGAAGCAUUCCCAUGACGAGAAUUUCGGAAUUAGGCAAUAUAUCCCUAGUGCCGAAGCUGAGCCAGGCGAUACAGACGACGCCGACGUACCGCCGCCGCCAGUACUUGCUCACACGCACCCGACCGGCCGCCUCCUCCACCGACCACUAGACAACGACGUGUCCAACGAUGUGUCCAGCCCUUUGCCAUCGCCCCCUAACUCCCUAGAAUCCUUCGCUAAGAACCGGUGGCAAAUCAACACCAAAGAAGUCCCCAAGUUCUAUUACUUUAGGUCGCUGAAACUUCCCUAUCACAACUCGGGCAAGCGAUACCUGUUGCUGCCGGCCGUCGAUAAUAUUCUCCUGAGGAAGAACUACCCCAACAGCAGUCUGCCGGGUCGACGCAAGAAUCAGUAGCCAUAUAACUGUCGGCUGAGCGGCGGCGCGCGUUAAC